GCGUUAGUUCUACUAGAAGCACUGUAGUGGCUCUGGCUGUUUCGUCAUGGGGAAAGGCACCGACAAAAGAAGCAAGGAGCAGCCUCCAGUGUACACCGAAAAUGAAGUGGCCAUUGUCGUUGACGGGGACGACAAGACAAAGAUCGUUGAGGAAGAAGAGUUCGACCCGUGGAAUGUCCCUGAUUUGAAGGAUGACACCGUCCCUUGGUCCGAACUGACGGGCUGUGGGAAGGUGGAGCGCGUGGUUCUGUGGUUCCUGAAGCCGGUCCUGCUCCUCGGGCUGCUCUACAUGUUCAUCUGUUCACUGGACUUCCUCAGCAGCGCCUUCAGACUCUUGGGUGGUAAAGCUGCCGGCGAGCUGUUUGCUCAGAACGAGUUGUUGAGGAACCCUGUCUGCGGUCUGAUGAUCGGAGUUCUGGUGACGGUUCUGGUGCAGAGCUCAUCAACCUCAACCUCCAUCGUGGUGUCCAUGGUCGGCGCCGGAAUAUUGGAGGUGGAACAGUCCAUCUACAUCAUCAUGGGGUCCAACAUCGGAACUUCGGUCACCAACACCAUCGUGUCCCUGGGCCACUCUGGCGACAGGAACGAGUUCCGCAGGGCGUUCGCUGGGGCCACGAUACACGACAUGUUCAACUGGCUCUGUGUGAUUGUUCUCCUUCCACUGGAGGCUGCGUCCCACUACCUCUUCCGACUGUCGACCGCCAUCGUAGACUCCUUCCACUUUACCGGAGUCGGUGAGAUCAAGCUGCUGAAGGUCAUCACCGAGCCCUUCACUAAGCUGAUUGUAGAGAUUGACAAGGGAGUCAUCACCGACAUCGCUCAGAACCAGGAGGGUGCUGCAGAGCUGAGCCUGCUGAAGCGGUACUGCAAGACUGGUCCUCUGGUGCUGGUCAACACAACAGAGGAGCAGGUAACAUUCUUCAGCAACGGUACCUACAACUGGACCAUCACAGAAAACGUCACCACCAGCGCGUGGAAGCAUCAAUGUCAGUACCUGUUCGCACAGGUGAACCUGUGGAACGACACCCUGGUGGGAGUGAUCCUGCUGGUGGCGGCGCUGCUCAUCCUGUGCGUCUGUCUCGCCUGUAUCGUCAAACUUCUCCACAGCAUCCUGAAGGGAGCACUGGCCAAGGUCAUCAAAAAGGCCGUGCACGCAGAACUGCCCACCAAAGUGGGGAAGUACCUGACCGGGUAUCUGAUCAUCAUUCUCGGUGCCGGGAUGACGUUCCUGGUCCAGAGUAGCUCCAUCUUCACCUCAGCCCUCACCCCUCUCAUCGCGAUCGGCGUGGUCAACCUCAAACGGGCGUACCCUCUGACCCUCGGAGCCAACAUCGGCACCACCACCACCGCCAUCCUGGCCGCGCUGGCAUCUUCCGGAGACGGUCUGGUCAGGUCUCUCCAACUGGCGCUGUGUCACUUCUUCUUCAACGUGUCCGGGAUCAUCCUGUGGUACCCGCUACCGCCUCUCAGGAACGUUCCCAUCGGUUUGGCCAAGAAGCUCGGCAACACGACAGCAAAGUACCGCUGGUUUGCCAUCGUCUAUCUCAUUCUGAUGUUCUUCCUCUUACCGGCGGCAAUUUUCGGACUGUCUGUCGCGGGGUGGGAGGCUCUUGUGGGGGUUGGGGUGCCACUCCUGGCCUUCGCUUUGGUCGUUGUUGUCGUCAACAUAUUACAAACAAAACGCCCCAACUGGCUUCCGAAGAAACUGCGCACGUGGGACUUCCUCCCCCUCGCCCUACACUCACUUGAGCCCUACGAUAGGAUUUUUACGGGAUGCUGCAAAAAGAAAGGUGCGGAAAGAGAGGAAAACGAGGAAAGGAUUGAGAUCGACAAUCCCGGCUUUGUUACAGAGCAAGUCAUGGAAUCCACCCGGCUGUAAAGUUGUAAACGUUUCUAAAUUGUAUAUAGAAAUUAAAUAUAGAAUAUUCGAAGGAAUGUGGGAGCAGUAAAGGGAAACUUCAAUCCAUUCUUUUCUUAUAUCCCUUUGCAUGGUAUCCAAAAAUGUUUCGUUGAUUGCUAUAGCACUACACAAGCAAUAUCUUUAAAGACACAAAAAGAAAAGAAAACGAACUACUUCCAAAGUCGUCUGAUUUGGGAAAAUGCCAUAUCACUUUGUGUGGGAUAUACGACCACUUGAUACAAUAUAGUUCAGUUCAUCCUAAUCAGGUGACACCAUGUAUUGUCUCCACAAGUUCCUGUCACGCAUGACAGAGGACAGUACAAUAUACAAUAUAGUACUAACAGUUAGUAUACACGAAAAUUGCGAGUCGGGAAAAGUUGCAAGGAGGCAAUCUCGGGACAAAAUACUAUACACCAUGCAAGUACUUCGGUACAGUGUUUAGUUAUAAUAGUUAUUUAUUCAUUUACUUGCCAAUAUUAAAUUGCAAUCUAAAUUAUCUUAUCUUGUUUUGACAUGUAGCCUUUGUCUCGUUUGGUAGUUUUCUGUUUUCCAUUCAUAACAUGUUACGUUAUAUUCAUAUGUAUCUAUUUAGUUCUGUAAACUUACUCAUAUUUACCAUGUAUUUAUCAUUAUCAUCCAC